GAUCCCCUGGACCGGUUGGCCAAGGAAGACCAAACCUUUCUCUCUGCAAAGCAAACCAUGCCCUUCUGAUGGCCUGCCUGGAGCGCCCUCUGCCGUACAAAACCGCCACUGCGGCGCCCAUGGCAGGGCUCUGAUCCCCCCCAAGCUCUCGCUUGACCGGUUUUCUCCGGAGGGGAGGCUUCCAACCUGGUGUGCCCGAACCACCCCCACCACCCCCAUCAUGGAGAAGACCUAUUCCCUGACCGCUCAUUACGAUGAGUUUCAGGAGGUGAAGUACGUGAGCAAGUACAGCAGCAGCGGCACCCUGCCCAAUGGGUUCAAUUUGCAGCUGGGGGCCCCCAGCGCCAAGAAGCCGCGGUGCGGGCUGCCCCGCUGGAGCCGCCGAGAGAUCUGCCUGCUCUCGGGCCUGGUCUUCGCGGCGGGGCUUUGCGUCAUUUUGGGAUGCAUCCUGGUGCUGAAGUACAUGGCCAUGGAGCACGACCCCUAUUGCCUGGAGGGCUGUCAGGAGCGGAAGGCGUUCACCAAGGCCUCCCGUUUCAUCGCCACCAAUAUCGACCCCACGAUCGACCCGUGCAAAGACUUCUACUCCUUCGCCUGCGGCGGGUGGCUGCGGCGCCAUGCCAUCCCCGAAGACAAGCUCAUCUACGGCAUCAUCGCGGCCAUCGGCGAGCAGAACGAGGAGAAACUCCAGCGCCUGCUCCUGCAGCCGGUCCGGCGGCCCUACCCGGCUUCGGCCGAGCGCAAGGUCAAGGAGUUCUUCCGUUCCUGUAUGGACCUGGCCGAAAUUGACCGCCACGGUGCCCAGCCCAUGCUGGAUGUCCUCGAGGAAUGUGGGGGUUGGGAUAUGGCCAACACCGGCCGGCCAGGGCGCUGGGACUUCAACGAGCUGCUCUAUAAGACCCAGGGGGUCUACAGCACAGCCGUCUUCUUCUCCCUCACCGUCAACCUGGAUGACAAGAAUUCCUCCCGCUACGUGAUCCGGAUAGAUCAAGAUGGGCUGACAUUGUCUGAGAGAACGCUUUACCUGGGACAGGAUGAGGAAAGCGAAAAGAUCUUAGCUGCCUAUCGGGUGUUCAUGGAGCGUCUGCUGAGUCUCCUGGGUGCAGAACACGUGGAGCAGAAAGCCAAUGAGAUCCUGCAGUUGGAACAGCGGCUGGCCAAUAUCACAGUCUCUGAGUACGACGACCUCCGCAGGGACAUUAAUUCCAUGUACAAUAAGGUGACGCUGGGAGAGUUGCAGCGCAUCAUGCCUAAUCUAAAAUGGAAGCGGCUGCUCGACCGGAUAUUCCACGAGAAUUUUUCCGAGGAGGAGGAGGUGGUGCUGCUGGCCACGGACUACAUGCAGCGGGUGUCGGAGCUCAUCCACACCACACCUAUUAGGCAGGUGCAGCAGUUGGUAGAAAACAUUAAACAUAUUCUAGACCGGCGAUUGGAAGAACUAGACUGGAUGGAUGAAGAAACGAGGCGGGCAGCGAGAGCCAAGCUGCAGCACAUGAUGGUGAUGAUCGGCUACCCGGAUUUCCUGCUCAACUCGGAAGCAAUUGACAAGGAAUACGAGUUCCAAGUCCACGAGAAAACCUACUUUAAGAACAUCCUCAACAGCAUCAAAUUCAGCAUUAAGCUGUCAGUCAACAAGAUCCGGCAGGAGGUGGACAGAUCGGCGUGGCUGCUGCCUCCUCAGGCACUCAACGCUUACUACCUUCCCAACAAGAACCAAAUGGUGUUCCCAGCUGGGAUCCUUCAACCCACUCUGUAUGACCCAGAAUUCCCACAGUCCCUGAACUAUGGUGGAAUUGGCACGAUCAUUGGCCAUGAGCUGACCCAUGGUUACGAUGACUGGGGAGGCCAGUACGACCAGCACGGCAACCUGAUGCACUGGUGGACGGACGCCUCCUACAGCAAGUUCCUCAAGAAAGCCGAGUGUAUUGUCAACCUCUACGACAACUUCACGGUCUACAACCAAAGGGUGAACGGGAAGCACACCCUUGGGGAGAACAUUGCCGACAUGGGGGGACUUAAGCUUGCCUACUAUGCCUAUCAGAAAUGGGUACGCGAACAUGGUCCCGAAAACCCACUCCUCUGGCUGAAGUACACCCACGAGCAACUUUUCUUCAUUGCUUUUGCCCAGAACUGGUGCAUCAAACGACGCUCGCAGUCCAUCUACCUACAGGUCCUGACGGACAAGCAUGCCCCCGAACACUACAGAGUCCUGGGCAGUGUCUCACAGUUUGAGGAGUUUGGACGGGUUUUCCACUGUCCCAAGAACUCGCCGAUGAAUCCGGUUCACAAAUGCUCUGUUUGGUGAAACGCUCAGCUGCCCUCUCCCACCCCAUCCCCGCCAACUGUACCCAACAUUUGCCAGCCUUCCCGUUGGGCCCACUCACGCCACUCCCAUGCCAGGUCAAAGGGAGAAUCCGAGAGCCACCCUUGCUCUCUCGAGCCAGCCCUGUUUUGAGGGACAGAUACAUGGACGCAUGGAUGAACCUGCAGCCUCUUUCUCCAUGAUUUAAAACAGAAAUAUUUCUAUUUUAAUUCUGAAAUUACAUGUUCUCCACAUUACACACAUCAUUUUUGCUACGUCUGUUUAACGUAGCGUCCAGCUUCACGAGUUUUAUAAAGCUUGCAGAUCAUGGUCUAAGUCCUGGGUUGGUCCUAACAGCAUUAUUCUGUUGAUAUUUCAUUUUUAUUUAAGUACUGCCAGUCUGGCAGACCAUGCCUUUUAGAAAUGGAACGAUUCACUUAAAAAACGAAAUAUUUUCCUAGCCUUUUUAAAUUAAAAAAAGCAUGAAUAAUGGCCCUUUAUAGCGGACUGAAAGAAUCAACGUAUCUUGCAUUGUUUCCAUACAAAUGGAAUAUAGUAGGGGACACCAAUGCCUUGCAGCAGCAUCGGUUCUCAUAGGAUCAGCAUUCCCAAUAUGAAUCCCGUUUUGCCCCUCCAGCCAACCAUCCCUUCCUCCAGCCUAUGCACAAGGAACUCUGGGAUCGGUAGUUCUUGAAAGAAGAGGUCACACAGGGAAGCACAAACCUCCUGAUCUCAAACUGUCAGAUCUUGGCAGCUUAUUGGGUUUUUGCUGUACUAAGGGCAUAAUAACAGUGUCCUUUUGCAUUUUAAGUUUAUUGCUAAUAUGAUAUGGGUUGAGGUAUAGCAAGUGAUGCUCUUGUUAUAUACAGUCGUGCCCCGCUGGACAAUUACCCUGCUGUACGACGAAUCCGCAUUACAUCGAC